AUGGAAGAGGGCGAGGACAAAACACAUGUGCAAAGCACGAGCAGGGAAGCUUCACCCAAUCCUUGCAAACAAGCAAACAAGCACCUCGAUACACGCAUAAAAUUGAGGGUUUUGAAGAGCGUAAUUGUACCGCCGCUAGAGUACGCCGGAGAAGUAUUGGAAGGAAAUAAGAAGGUGGUCAAGGAGCUGGAGGCGGCGCAGAUGAAAGCAGCGAAAGUCAUUCUAGGAUGCUCCAAGCGCGCAACAAACAUCACCCGUCAGGGCAGAAGUGGGGACCCAAUUCCUACGAUCGGGAAGACACGCAAGGAAGCUCAAAUGCCAGUCAGUGCCGCAUGUGCGGGACCGAUGGAUGCAGGGACAAAGCUGAAGGUUCUGGAGAUACGGACAAUGGACAGCGCAGAUACACCCGAGGUUUCCCCGAGAGAGGGGAAGCAGUUCGAUAUUGGCUGUGAGAGCUACACCCCGCAAAUGUGGAUGCAGGACCUGGAGCUCUUGCGGGCAUCGGGCGCCAAUAUGACCGACUUCAACGCUCUCCAAUCUGCUGCUACCUACAACAGGGUGGACUUCGUGCAGUUGAUGCUGGCCAACGGCUACGAGAAGGAUGCGUUGAGUGACAUAGGAUUUACGCCGCUUUACCACGCAGCCAUAAUGGGUCACAUGGCUGUGACCCAUGCCCUCCUAGCUGCUGGCGCGGACGUGAACCUCCGAAGCCAUGACAACGUGUCGCCUCUAGACGUGGCUGCUGUAAAGGGGCAUGUGGACGUGGCGACGGCGAUCAUCGCGCGCGGAGCGGAUGUCAACGCUGCCAGUACUUCCGGCAACACCGCUCUACACCACGCUGCCGCUUGCGGCAAAGCGGAGGCGGUCUCGCUCUUGUGUCUCAAGGGGGCUGACGUAGACGGGUUGAAUCGCCAGGGCCGUACAGCAAUUCAAUUGGCAGCUGAACGAGGUCAUCUUGCCGCGACGCGGUCCCUCCUGGAUGCUGGAGCCGACGCCACUCUUCGACCUGACGAUAACGCAGGGAUGUGCGCGCUUGACCUAGCUGCAAGCGGAGGCCACGUGGACGUGGCGGAGGCGAUCAUCGAGCACGGUGUGGACGUAAAUGCUGCUGUUCCAAACGGUAACACCGCUCUCCACAUCGCUGCCAUCGAGGACGAAGCGGACAUGGUGCUCCUGUUGUGCAGCAAAGGGGCUGGGAAAGACUCCAUCAAUAGCCAGGGGUCCACACCUCUUCAAAUGGCAGCCGGCGAAGGCAACGUCGCUGCGACCCAGGCUCUCUUGGACGCCGGAGCGGACGCCAGCUCUCAAAGCGAGGGGGAAGCGUCGUCGGCGCUUGAUUGUGCGGUUUGUCAGGGGUACACGGACGUCGUGAGGGUGAAAAUCGAGCACGAAAUAGACGUCAACAUUUCUGAUGUCGACGGGAAAACUGCGCUCCACCAUGCUGUUGCCGCCGGCAAGGUGGAGAUGGGGUGUACGCCGCUGCACCUGGUAGCCAUGGCAGGUCGUGCUGCUGCGGCUCAAGCCCUCCUCGACGCCGGUGCGGACGUUGCCCUUCGACAAAACGGGGUCGGUUUGUCGUCGCUCCACUUCGCUGCUUCUCAAGGGCGCGUUGAUACCUCAAGAGUGAUGGCCCAUCAUGGCGGCGAUGUGAACGCCAAAGUCAACAAUGGCAUCACCGCCCUACGCGUCGCCUCGGCGUUCGACAAGGCGCCGGCGAUCGACGUGCUCACCGAGGCUGGUGCCAACAUCGAGGCACAGGCGAAUGGAAGCACUCCCCUUCACGUCGCGUCCCAAGAGGGCAGACUCGCAGCCGGCAUCGCCCUCUUGAGGCACGGCGCAAGCGUUGGCAAGAAGAACGCGGCAGCACAGACACCACUGCACCUGGUAGCCGCCAAGGCAGGGAGUCCCGGAACCGCGGAGAUGGUGGACCUGCUGCUUAGACGGGGCGCGGAUGAGACGGCCGUGAGCGAGAACGGCCACACAGCGGCAGAUAUGGUGGUUUUGAAAACCGAAGAGUCGGACAGCCUAGCGGAGGAUGUCGACCGCGUCCGAAAACUCUUGGCACGUGCUCCGGCCGACAGGGCAUGGCGUCGGCGUGGCUUUCUGAUCUUGUCUCGCGCUCACUACCCCGGCGGCAGGGUUCAGUUUGGACACAGGACCAGUCAAGCACCUGCCGCAGGGGUAGCCAAGAGAACUCGUAGCAGUGAGGAACCUUCGAGGGCGGAGAUAGACUGGGCUGGUGUUGUGAGCAUGUUGAUGGGAGAUGGAGUUGAUCCCAUUUCGCUGAUGGGCGAUGGAGCAAACCUCAUCUUCGAGAAAAUCGUGGGAUAUCUCUGAUGCUGGUGAGUCGGUCAGAGCAAUCAAUCAUCGUAGGAGCAGAGAACCGAGGCACGGGCUAAUCGCCGCAUGAACACCCGCGUUGUCCCCAUAAUGUUUGUUCGUAGAGGUAGAACCCUUUACCUCAUUUUUAUUUUAAUUUUCAUCUCUCUCUUGUCUACCGGUGCGUUUGCCCCAGUGUACCGACGGUGCAGGAACUCUUUGUCCUUCUAUGCUCGGACCUCCCUCGGUGUGAGUGAUGAUGAAAGUCGACACGUGAAGCCGGGAAGGCAGCAGUGUGUCGUUUUCCGAAACGGUGCUGGGGCUGGCUUGUCGUGGCAAGCAUCCUGUUGCUCUUCCGUUAUGAAGCGUCAUCUGCUGCAGCGUCGCGUUUUCGUAGAUAUUGUAUGAACGGGAACAUUUCUUACCGACAGAGAGUUCCCGGCGCGAGCGGCGCAUAAGUUCUUGUCGGACCACGAGAGGUGCUGCUCAUUUUAAGCACAUCGGGUAGAUGAAGAAAAUUCUCGUAUUAGUUUAGUUUUCUACAUGUAUCUCGAUACCUCUCUCUGCACGUUUGUCGGCGGUCAUACGCUUGGGUUGGCAAUGGUAGCGGUAUCCACACGCGUUGUGCACUAAAUAGCAAGAUUGAAAGUGCUGGACGGCUGUUGUAGCAUGUGCGAUGGCGGCGGCAGCAAAUUGUCGGCGUGCUUGACACACUAGCUGUGGUUUCCCUUGCAGUUUUGUUGAGGUUGGCAGCAAGUUGUUGGUUCCUCGCGUGUAUCUACCUUUCGUGUGUUUACACAAAGAAAAUGCCCGUCACUCGAGCGCGAUGCGGGAAGGGGGGAGGGGGGUUGUUGUAGGGUAGGUUCCGAUCAGGUAAUGUAACGCAUGCAGACUUGGUUUAUUUGUCUGUUGUUUGUGAAUGUCGAGGCAAGUUUCGAUGUUUAUCUGAGGUUAAGAGAAGUUGGUGUGGAGACGGCUGUAACGUUGUUGUACGGGUUUGGGGUGACAAUAAACUGGAGCGGAUAAAGAGAUCUGACUGUUAAACAAGAACGAGCAUUAUUGUGGAGGCCUUGGUUCCAAUACGCACACACUCGACACCUCCUCCCCUCCCCGGCCUGCUCCCCGGCCGGGGCCGAAAUCGACCUUGUGAGUCCCUCGCGGGCGAACCAGGCCACAACAGAUAGUAGGUGGGUGGUGUCCCAAGGUGCAACUCACCGCCGCGCUGGCUCAGCGUGGCGGUGAGGAUGCACAGACGGUGGUAGUGGCGAGAGGUGUAUGUGGACCUUGUCCCCGCGGCAGCAAUGCAAAGCGGCAAACUGCACCUGGUAACCACCGUCGCGGAAAACGUGGCCCACGAAGCUGGAGGAGCAGAGAGAUUCGUAAAAACCACGCGAGUAAGCACCGUUCGCGGGAGAAGGGAGAUAACCGCGGGCGACGCGGGGGGGGAGUGCUGCACCCUCCUCGUCCAAACACCACAGGCAAGCACCGAGCCCUGCAAAGAUGGAUCGAUGCGAAGAAACUCGCCGCUCGGAUUAAACGGAAGAAAACACCCCCCC